AUGACAGUUCCACACCAAUCUGAUUGGUUUGUUUCGUUUUUCUCACAUGUUAUCGCUCUAAAAGGUGGAAAUGCGCGGUUGGGCAUGCGGGAGAGCAUUGGAAAAAAAGUUGAAGAAAAAAAGGAUGAGCGUGUGUGUGGGGUGAUCUGUGCAGAUGAACAGAUUGUUGGAGAGAAAACGGGUGAAAGGGAUGUGCUCGCCUGCGAUAGCAUUCGGUGUGUGGGAUGGGGUGGCUUAGAUGGGAACUUCUUUGGCAAAAGGGUGGGUAAUGAGCCGGGAGAGCCAAAAGAGAAUGAUUCUGUGGUUGAGGUACCGCCAAAAAUACUUGAAAGACAGUGCACCAGCGUAGCACACGAUGUAUUGAACAGGAACAUCGAAAAGCCCACAACACAGCUUGAGAUCAUGCUAGACAGUGAGUAUGACACGCAGAAAAACGAUGAAAAGUGCGUGCAUGAUCGAGAGAAUGCACACCUGGAACUAAAAAAUGAACGGGAGUACCGGAAGUAUCUCAGUCUCUUGGGUGAACAGGAGAAUGCACACCUGGAACUAAAAAAUGAACGGGAGUACCGGAAGUAUCUCAGUCUCUUGGGUGAACAGGAGAAUGCACACCUGGAACUAAAAAAUGAACGGGAGUACCGGAAGUAUCUCAGUCUCUUGGGUGAACAGGAG